UGCUUUCCCUACAAUCUUCCUAGCAUUUUCUCGGUAAUUCGGCCCACAUAAUAAUCUGCAGCCAUGAAGUGGGUAACGUUAAUUUCCUUUAUUUUCCUCUUUAGUUCUGCUGCUUCUAGAAAUCUGAGAGUUGCUCGAGACUCAGAGCACAAGAGUGAAAUUGCCCAUCGGUUCAAUGAUUUGAAAGAAGAUACAUUUAAAGCAGUCUCCAUGAUUACAUUUGCCCAGUAUCUCCAGAGAUGCUCUUACGAGGGACUGUCCAAGCUGGUGAAGGAUGUUGUUGACCUGGCACAUAAGUGUGUGGCCCAUGAGGAUGAUCCUGAGUGCACAAAGCCUCUGCCCUCAAUUUUCCUGGAUGAAAUCUGCCAAGUAGAAAAACUCCGUGACUCAUAUGGUGCUAUGGCUGACUGCUGUGGUAAAGCUGAUCCCGAAAGAAACGAGUGUUUCUUGUCAUUUAAAAUUCACCACCCAGACUUUGUUCAGCCAUACCAAAGACCAGCUGCUGAUGUGAUCUGCAAAGAGUACCAGGACGACAGGGUGUCACUUUUGGGACAUUUCAUCUAUGCUGUUGCAAGAAGGAACCCCUUCCUUUAUGCCCCUGCAAUCCUUGGUCUGGCUGCUGAUUAUGAACAUGCACUUCAGGCCUGUUGCAAGGCAGAUGAUGUCGGUGUUUGCUUGGAUGAAAAGGCAGCUGUCAUCAAGGAGAAAGCCAAGAAAAUAAGUGUGAAGCACCAAUACACUUGUGGAAUCCUCAAGAAGUUUGGAGAGAGAGUUUUCCAAGCAGAUAAACUUGCUCGUCUUAGCCAGAAAUAUCCCAAGGCUCCUUUCUCAGAACUUCAUAAACUUGUAGGUGAUCUUAAAGGUAUCUACAAGGAGUGCUGCGAGGGGGACAUGGUGGAGUGCAUGGAUGACAGGGCAGAGGUUGUGAACUAUAUGUGCUCUAAACCUGAGGUUUUCUCAAGCAAAAUCAAAGGCUGCUGUGACAAACCAAUUGUGGAACGAAGCCAGUGCAUUAUGGAUACAGCUUUCGAUGAUAAGCCUGAGGAUCUCCCUUCACUAGUUGAAAGAUACAUACACGAGAAGGAAGUGUGCAAGCACUUUGACGCUGACCAUAACAUGUUCAUGGCAGAGUUUGUUUAUGAAUACUCAAGAAGACACCCCGAGUUUUCCACUCAGCUGAUUCUGAGAAUCGCAAAGGGCUACGAAGAUCUCCUGGGCAAAUGCUGCAAGACCGACAACCCCGCUGAGUGCUAUGCACAUGCUGAGGAAGAACUGAAAAAGCAUGUUAAAGAAACUGAGGAUGUUGUAAAGGUCAACUGUGAUCUUCUUGCUGAGCAUGGUGAAAAAGACUUCCUCAAAGCAAUUCUGGUCCGCUACACUAAGAAAAUGCCUCAGAUGCCAACUGAUAACUUGCUUGAAACUGGGAAGAAAAUGACAGCUGUUGGUGCUAAGUGCUGCAAUCUCCCUGAAGCUGAACGCCUACCUUGUUCUGAGGGAUAUCUGAGCAUUGUGAUUCAGGAUAUAUGCAGGAAACACGAGACUACACCUAUAAAUGACCAAGUUGCCCACUGCUGCAGCGAUUCCUACUCUUGCAGGAGACCUUGCUUCACUGCCAUGGGAACAGAUGACAAAUACGUGCCUCCAGCAUUCAAUCCUGACAUGUUCAGCUUUGAUGAAAAGUUGUGCACUGCUACUCCCGCUGAACAGGAGGCUGGACAGAUGAAAUUGCUUAUCAACCUCAUCAAACGCAAACCUCAGAUGACAGAAGAACAAAUAAAGACAAUUUCUAAUGGUUUCACUGCCAUGGUAGAUAAGUGCUGCAAGCAAUCAAACAUUGAGGCGUGCUUUGGAGAAGAGGGUGCAAACCUAAUAGUCCAGAGCAGAGCCAUAUUAGGAAUUGGAGCUUAAUACAYGGUUGCCAGUGGGGAAAAUAAGAAGAUAAAAGUGUUUCUGUGCAACUUCUCCUCCCCAUGACCUUUUUUCCUUGGUAUUGAAUGGCUGUUUCUUAAAUCUUCAGUGUUUUGUCAAACCAUGUGCUUUUUCA